GAAAAUGCUUCCAAAUUUCAGUCUAAUGGACUUGUUAAGAGCUUCCAUUCAACCCAAAGGUCCUCUUCAACUCCCACAUGGAGAGUCAUUUUAAAAUGCUUAACUGAGUUGCACCAACCUGAACAAUUCAGUAUCUUCAUACAUGGCUCCUUUCCUUGCUAUCCCAAAAAGCUUUUGCUACUUGAUCCUUCUUUAUUCCCUUCUUCUAGCUACCCUUCAGAGCCCUUGUGGUGCAGAUCCUCCCUAUCCUAUUUGUACAAACACAACCAAUUACACACUCAAUGGGCCAUUCCAUAAUAAUCUUCAAAACCUCUUUGAUUCCUUGUCCUCUAAAGCUUCCCUCUCAGUCUCACACUAUUACAACACUAGUAUUGGCAAUGAUCCACACAGAGUAUAUGGCUUCUUUCUCUGCCUAGGAUUUGAUAGCCUAGACAAAUGCAAGCGCUGUGUCGACGAUGCAAUUCAGGACAUUCAGAAACUAUGUCUCAAUAGAAAACAAGCAUCAGUGUGGGAAGAGUAUUGUGAAUUGAGCUACUCUGAUCAAAAUUUCUUUGGGAAGGUGGAUGAUACUACACCUCUUAAUCAAACUAGUCCUUUAAAGAUUACAGAGCCAAAUAAGUAUAGCCAAGCUGUGAAAAAGAUGCUUACUAAACUCUCCGAUCAGGUUUCCAAUUCAUCAUUCUUGUAUGCGGUUGCAGAAAAUAAUUAUACUGCAUCAGAGAAUUUAUAUGGUCUUGUUCAGUGUACCAUGGACCUAUCUAAAAUUGAUUGCCAUAGAUGCCUACAAAUUGAAAUAGAAGAGCUUCCUCAUUGCUGCUAUAAUCCUAGGGGGGCAAGACUUAUGAGUAGGAAUUGCUAUUUAAGGUAUGAGUUAUAUGACUUCUACACAGGAAAAAGUGGAUAUAACUCUCCAUCAGUUCCCAAAAGUUCUGCAGGUGGCCAGAAGAAAGUAUCGAAAAAUGUUCUCUUUAUCGUCGCAUCAGCAUGUAUAGCAGGAAUUCUUUUGAGUUUCUGUAUCUACUGCCGUAUGGUGAGGGAAAGAAGCCAGAAAGAGAGGAGCAAAGUUAUUGGUCAAGCUGUUCUGUCACAACAAACUGGUGCCGAAAAGGAUCAAAUGAAACCUCCAGACUUUCCAUUGAUUAGUUUAGCUACCAUACAUGCAGCUACAAACAACUUUUCUGAUUUGAAUCUGCUUGGACAAGGUGGAUUUGGCCCUGUUUACAAGGGAGCACUACCUAAUGGAAGGGAAGUAGCCAUUAAAAGGCUUUCAAGUGGUUCUGAGCAAGGUUCAGUGGAGUUUAUGAAUGAAGUAUCACUAAUAUUGAAACUCCAACACAAAAAUCUUGUUAGGCUUUUGGGUUGUUGUGCAGAAGGAGCAGAAAGAAUUCUUGUCUAUGAGUACAUGCCUAAUGGUAGCCUUGAUUCCGUACUUUUUGAUCAGGGGAGACGUGCUCUUCUUGAUUGGAGUACACGUUACAACAUCAUUUGUGGAAUUGCCCGCGGCAUCCUCUAUCUUCACGAGGACUCUCGACUUAGAAUCAUUCACAGAGACCUAAAAGCCAGUAAUGUGUUGCUAGAUAAGGACAUGAAUCCAAAGAUCUCAGAUUUUGGUAUGGCUAGGAUCUUUCCUGGAAAUAAUGCUGAAGCUAGUACUGCUACCAUAGUAGGGACAUAUGGAUACAUGGCUCCUGAGUAUGCUAUGGAGGGACUAUAUUCCACAAAGUCAGAUGUUUUUAGCUUUGGAGUUCUCUUGCUAGAGAUUGUAAGUGGGAGAAAGAAUGCUGGUUUCCAUCGGUCCAAACACGCUCCCAGCCUUCUAGACUAUGCAUGGCAGCUAUGGAAAGAGGGAAGAGCUUUGGAAUUGAUGGACCCAGUGUUAGUAGAGACUUAUUGUGCGAGUGAAGUGUUGAGAUGCAUCAAUGUUGGACUACUGUGUGCUAAAGAAGAUGCAACUGAUAGACCCACUAUGUCACAUGUUAUCGUUAUGUUGAGAAGUGAAUCUCUUUCUCUUCCACAACCUCAACAGCCUGCGUUUUCCGUCGGCCGAUUCACCUCGACAAUCAUGGAUGAUAUUUCUGUCAAUUAUGUAACUAUUACAGAUGUUAUUCCUCGCUGAGUUACAUGGACUCAACCUUUACGAGUGAAAAUAAUAAUAAUAAUAAUAAUUAUCAAUUAAAAUAAGGAAAUAUCCUUCUCAGUUGUAUGAUCUCUCUUGGGGGACCUUGGUACAUCCUCGUGCACUGGGUAUGUCAUUUUUAGUUGUACAAUCUAGUUUAUUUGAUAAGAGUAUACAAAUUUGUAUUUCA